CUACCUAUCCCAAAAUGGCAGAAAGAAAGGCAGAAAACAGGAGCUUUCUGGACAGGAAGUGGUGAAGCUGAAGGUGUCUCACUGCUCAAACUGAUGUUCAGUCAGCAUCCGGACGACAUGAAGACUCCAGCUGUCUCUCUGCUCCUCGGUGUGUGUGUGCUGCUGCUGUCUGCACUGGCUGUUUCUGCAGUCUCUCUGCAGGUCAGUCCAAACCUCCAGCAGAUCUUCAAAAAUUACGCUUCUUCUGUGUCUCUGAGUUGUGUUGAUGAUGAAGGAGAGACAGCUGAUGGAUGGCUGGUGAAGAGGAGUGGAAGAGGAUACACUGUGGACUGCAGAGCAGAUGCUUCAGCCUUUUGGAGGAAGUUUGAUUCUUUCUGUGUUCUCGACAUGUCUGAUUCCUUUAAUGGGAUUUUCUUCUGUGAAAACUCAUCUGGACAGCAGAGCGAUGAAGUCUCCAUCAAUGUAACAGUAACAAGCUGGUUUGGUACAAUCCUGGAGAUCCCUGCACUUCCUGUGAGGGCAGGAAGUAAUGUCACUCUUCGAUGCAGACAUAAAUUCCUGAGUCGUGAAUAUAAUCACAGAUAUUCAGCUGAAUUCUACUUUAAAGGAAGUCGUGUUGUUUCUGAACAUCAAUCAGAGCUCCUCAUCACUAAUGUCCAGAAAUCUGAUGAAGGUUUCUACUCAUGUUUGGUUGAUCAACAUUGGAGAUCUCCUCAGAGCUUUUUGAGGGUCAGAGAGUCUGAUCCCAGUACAGCUCUCCCUUCUCCUCCUCCGACUGCCUCUUCCACUCCUCCUCCUCCACUUUCUCUCAGUCAUACUCAGUUCAAAUUCUUGUGUUAUCUACUGGCCUUCUGUCCAUACUGUAUCUCUGCUGGUCUGCUGAUGUACAUCUGCUGCAGCAGGAAGUUGGAAAACAAGCCAGCCAUCACCAUGGAGAUGACCCAGAACAAUGGAGGCGGUGACAAACUGGAUGAAGAGUGGGAGGUCAUCAGUGAUGAUGUCACCACCGAGCGUUAUGUCUGAGCUUUUGUUUGAAUAGUGGAUGAUCCUGAGUGUUCAUGGAUUCAUGUGUUCUUCAGGGUUGUAGAAGUGGGGCUUUCACUUGGUGUUGGAUCUUAGUGCAGUAAUGUAACACGCAUAGCGGUGUUUUGUGUAGCUUAUCAGUGUAGCCAGUUAAUUACAAACUUUACAUAACAACUUAUAAUGUAAUCUUCAUGUUCUUUGUCCAAAGCACAUGCUCUGUGUAUCUGUGUACUCGCUAAUUUAUAUUCACAGUAUUCACUCACUGUGUCUUUAGGGAUUUGCUAGCUUAGAUUGUAGCCAACUAGCUAGCAGCAUGGCCUUUUCACCUGUCCCUCCUGCACGUUCCUACUCAGGCGUAGGUCCCAAGCAGCCACGGAAACAGGGUGGCUGGGUGACGGUGAGGAGGAAGCAUAGUCCUAAACAGAAGCCCCAGGUACACCACCA